UUUUUACUAUCGUUUGUAAACAACUCAGUGUCAACGUUUACUUUUGGCUCCAACGACAAUGUCUGCCUCGUUGCUGCUCCGUAGGCCCACCGCCUAUUCAAAACUUCUCGAAUCGAUCCCGAAGCCUGAGGGGGCCCUUCCCAAACACGGUGGAAUACCGCAAUGGAAACAUCUGAGCCUGGAUCAGAAACUUCCCGCCAAUGCUUGCCCGAUCCAUCCACCGCAAUUCUUCCGGGGUCACCUCGGAGAAUUUCUUUGGACCAAACCGGAUGACUACGGGUUCGAUCUGACCGACCCCCUGGAGCACGAUGUAUCCUUCCGAUAUGUGGAAAUGAGCGACCCGAAUCUGGAAAUUAUUUUUCGUGAUGAAAAGCUGAAAAAUAUCCUGAGGGAACGUAAAUUUAUCAACGAACGCGAUGAGAUUAUUUGUUCGUUGCGGCAAUUUAAUCGGCUGCGGUACUAUUUGUGGAAACUUCAUAAACAUGAAAUCAAGAAAGCGUACCGAGAAAUGGAUGAAACAUGGAAACUGAACUUCAGUCGCAAGAAAUUAGCCGAACAUAUGGAUAAGUUUUACGACUUUGAGGGGAAGUUGCAACGGAAGCGAUGCAAAGUUUAUCAAAUGCGGCUGGCGAAACGACAACGCGCUCUCCAAAUAAAAGAAGCAUACGAGGAACAGAUGGCACGAUACUUCGCCAACAAAAGUCGCAAAUAUGAGGAAACGAUGGCCGAAAAUCGUUCCCAGUACGCUAGGGUAAAGUACAACUAUCGGCUGUUGAAGGCGUCCCGGAAAUCUUAUUACCUGCGCUUGAAGAGAAGGCUAAGGGAGCAACACGAGUUUCGAAUGCGCCGGUUGUCUAUUCUCAAGAAGAGAAUUCAAGAAUCGAAGAAACUUUUGAAAAAGGAACGCCACAAACUUUUCUACCUCUCCGCUCAAGAGGCUGAUGCCGAGCGCAAAACGCUGCUCAAAAAUUUAAUGCAGCAAAUGCACAAAAAUGUGGAACGUAGAAUGGUGCAAUCUAAACGGAGACAGGAUCGCAUUGAACGGCAGUUGACGCAUCGCAAAACUCAAAAUCUUACCAAGAAGUAUGAGAAACGCUCCAAGGACGUGAUAGCCAAAGCCAUACUGAAAGCUUGGAAUUCGAUCGCCGUUCGUCAGCCGGACAUGGCCAAGGUGUCGAGGGCUUCGAUUGAAACGGCUGUCAAUGUGGCGUACAAUAUCCACAUGACCCUGGGCAAACCAACCAGCAGUACGGCUAUCAUCGAUACGGCUAAACAGUUGAUCAAUGACUUUGCCAAGAAACCGUGUGAAGAAUUGCCGGUCGAUCACCUUACGAUACGAUACACCCACGAUGCUUUAGUCCGGGUAAUUUUGGUUGUGAAAGAAGAAAUCAUCAAGCAGGGAUGUUUGAAAAUAGAGCAGAUUGCAACCAAAAUGCGGGAUCGCAUAGAAGAAAAACCACCGACAAAUUCCGCUCUUUGUGGUCCCUGGUCUGUAAAGCGCGCUGUGACGCUCCAGUCGGGUAGUUUCAACCGGGUAUCGAUUGGAGAGGUUGAGAUAGUAGAAAAGAUCGAUACCGAAAGGAAAAAUCUCAAGCAAUCCCGUUAUCGUCCACCAACUCCAGUGGCUUCUGUCUCAUCGCUAGCAGAACAUAUACUCCUUUCGGAAGAAGACGACGAUGAUGACGAAUUUGAUUCCGAUGAACUGCUGGUGAUCCCAUCCUCCUUGAUAGCAAGGGUCGAGAAAAGUAUUGCAGACGAAGAUCAUCCACUGAUUCACUUGACUACAUCUCAAAAACGUUACCUGGAGCUGAACAUUUGCAAGUUUCGAACGUUUGUUCAGAGAAACGCCCUGAUUCGGGCAAUGGCAGCGAUCGAUGUGCAAAGUUUGGAGAUUGUGCGCAGGAAAAUGCCUAAGCCAAAGCGAACUCUGAAUGCGAUCGUUGAGGAUGCAGCUCGUAGUAUUUUGCUCUUUCCCAAACAGGAGCAGGAGUAUGCUCAUUUAUUGCACGAGCUUAUAGAAUUUGUUGUAUGGGAAGUCUGUGAGGAGUUGGAGGGCAUUUUAAAUGAGCCAUAAAUUUAAUGGUAUUUAUCACAUCUGGAAAUUAAAUUUGAACUAAAUUAUUUUAUUGAAUGUACAAA